ACACACACAAACACACACACAAAAAAAAGAAAACCUUAUGCAUCAGUGUGUGGAAGCCUUUUUCUGCCUCCGUAGGGUUUGUGGUUUUUUGUCAGACAAACGCGCCACCACCACCACCACCACCACCUCUGCGUGAUUGCUUCCGAUUUAUUUAUCUUAUGGGGGAGGCGGCGCCGCCCGAGCCGACUUUACAUUAUCGGAGAAUCGAUUAUCAACCGCAGAAGAGGCCGUUCAAUGGGUUUGCGAACAACAAAGGGUUUAAGCUCGUGUGCUUGAACCCUAACCCUAACCCGGAGCCCCACAAGCCUUCCGGUUCGGGUAACAAAUGUGAUAAAUCGUCCGAGCUUACUGACAUUGGGUUGGAUCCGGAGCUCAACCUCGAGAUCACUUUCCGCAGAAUCGGUGCCGGAUUACGCAAUCUGGGGAACACUUGUUUCCUUAAUUCGGUAGUGCAAUGUCUGACUUAUACAGAACCGUUAGCAGCUUAUCUACAAAGUGGGAAGCACCAAAAUAAUUGUCGCACUGCUGGUUUUUGUGCUCUAUGUGCCAUUCAGAAACAUGUAAGCCGUGCUCUGCAGUCCACUGGGAGGAUCCUAGAGCCUAAAGAUCUUGUUUCAAACUUGCGUUGUAUAUCUCGGAACUUUAGGAAUGCAAGGCAAGAAGAUGCGCAUGAAUAUAUGGUCAAUUUGCUCGAAUCGAUGCACAAAUGCUGCUUACCAUCUGGAGUGCCUACUGAAUCAGAUAAUGCUUAUGAUAAAAGUUUAGUUCACAAGAUAUUUGGCGGUCGCUUACGGAGUCAGGUGAAAUGCAUGCAAUGUUCCUUCUGCUCUAACAAAUUCGAACCAUUCUUGGAUCUAAGUCUAGAAAUAGCGAAAGCAGACUCAGUACACAAGGCACUUGCUCAUUUCACAAGUAAAGAACAAUUAGACGGAGGUGCUAAAGAGUAUCAGUGUCAGCAAUGCAAGCAGAAAGUUAAAGCUCUCAAGCAGCUAACAGUUCACAAGGCACCUCACGUACUUGCUGUGCACCUUAAGCGAUUCAGUGCACAUUCACCCGGUCAAAAGAUCGACAAGAAAAUUGCUUUUGGACCUACCUUGGACUUGAAACCUUUUGUGACUGGCACCCAUGACGGGGAUCUAAAUUACACCCUCUAUGGUGUUCUUGUUCAUGCUGGCUGGAGCACUCGUUCUGGCCACUACUACUGCUUUGUUCGCACAUCAAGUGGCAUGUGGUAUAAUCUCGAUGACAAUCAGGUUUACCAAGUUAACGAGAGGAAAGUUCUCGAACAGAAAGCCUACAUGUUGUUUUACGUUCGAGAUAGAAGAAGCUUUAUUCCAAAGAAACCUGUCGACAUUGCCCCGAAAGAAAACGUUAGUAUGAAUGCCAUACUGAAUGGAGCAUAUCCAAAAUUAAACGGGGUGUUAAAAGAAAAGGUUCACAAUGACUCGAUCGACAAAAAAAUGAAUGCUUCUGCCUCUGCGGCUGUAACAGUCAUCACCACUGCACCAAAGGAGACUCCUUCGAAAGAGACACCUUUGCAGAAUUUAAAUGGCAAAAUGGCUAUUGAUAACUUGGGCUGUAAGGAUUCUCAGCCUGAAAAAUCACAAGUGGUGCCACAAACAAAGGAUCCAUUGAAGGACCAUUCUACUAAUAAUAUUAAAUCAGUGGGCCAUAAAGGAGGGUCACUUUCGACAUUUGAGGUCAAUGGACAUGCUCCCGAAACUGUUCUCUGCAACAACGGGUCCAAUGUUGUAGAAGAUCGAAAGGAACCUGGUGGUACUGUGUUGCCUGAAUGUAACGUGCCACAGGAUUCUCUUCACAAGAAAGAAUCAAGUGAUUCUGUUGCCAUGAAAAACCCAACUGAAACAGCUGAUCAGCCGCCAAACGGCUCUAUCCUCUUCAUAACUGAAGACACUUGCAAAAUUGAUGGAACCAAUUCCGAAAUGUGUGGUAGUAAAACCAUUCCCAUAGCAACGAUUGCUGAAGAAUCAAGUAAAGUUAACACAAUAUCCUCUCAGGAAAACAGCAUUGAUGAGUCUCAGGCUGGAGGCUCCUCCGAGAAGACUGGAGAUUCAACAAUCGAAGAAACUCGUGAAAAUGGGGACACAACCAAAAACAAGAGGCGUGUACUAAAAGCGAAAAGGAAGCUCUUCAAGUGUCAAUUUGCCACAACAUCGCUCAGCUCCAACAUUAUAUUCGGUGUGGGUCUGCACAAGCAAAAGAAAAAACCCAAGCGAAGAGAUCAAAAGAAGUCUCCUAAUGUGAAACAUAUAUCGGUCGAGAAUGACUUGCCAUCAAAUCUUAAGCAAUCUACUGUUAUUGACCAUUCUACCCUUACCCCGGAAAAGAAAGCAAACUGUGGCUCAGUUGGUGAAACUCAUAUUUUAAGCACACAAAACAUUAGUGGCAAAGAAGGGAGUCUAUCGAGUGAUGUUAUCAAUAAUGAAUCUAGAGAGAGAGUUCUUGAUGGCACUGCCGUAAAUAAACCUCAACUAAGGCAGUGUGCUGCUAAAGGACCUGGUAAUUCUGAAGCUCACCAAAGUGAAUCGAGGCAGAGUGAUGCAAUGAGCCUUCUUACUAGAGGCUUAGAAGAGACAGUUGUUGCUCGCUGGGAUGGAACGCAUUCAGCAAAACGAAAACAAAAUGCAGCCAAGACUAUGCGAAUUGGUUACGUUGGAGAUGAAUGGGAUGAGGAGUACGACAGAGGAAAGAGGAAGAAGAUAAAGGCCUUCAAAGCUGACUUUGGUGGACCGAACGUAUUUCAAGAGAUUGCAAACAGUAGACUCAAACUUAAACAGCAGGGACAUAACGAGAUCUCUGGAAACGGCCCUUUGAGGAUAUGAUAUUGGAGCCUUUGGGAAUGUCGAGACAUUCCAUUGUGACAAAGACGAACCUUAAUUGUUUCCUCGAUUCUUCACAUAUUAGCUGUGUGAGUUUGAUUUUUGAGCUGAGCCUCUUCUCGUGUUUACCCCGCCCCUGUAAUUGUGUUUUUUUUUUUUUUUUUUUGAAUUACAAUUUUAUUGCUUUUGGCCUCAUUUUGAGAAGAGGCUGAAAGUGGCUGGCUGUAUGGUAUUAUGUAUUCACAAACAGAUGGAUUAUAUAACUGUUGUUCCUUCUAAUACAUUUGUUUCCUUUUUUGAAAGUCUUAUGACUUGAAUAGUGUGAAUGAGAGCUCGACAUUUUAUAUCGAUUUAUCGCUU